GUACCAUCUGUGGCGCUUGGCAAGGCGUUAAAUCCUCUUCAAUUAACUAGAACAUCAAUUAAAAUCGGCACAUCCGUUGGUUGUUUCGCAUCUCCUUUUCUUCGAUCUCCGUGGACCUCUAUAAAAGGGAGCAGACCUCGUGAUCACGCCAGACAAGGAGAAGCAGUUGACGUAGCUGCAGUGCUUGUAAAGUCGAACGAAAAUGAAGAAAGCCGUGUCGACUUUGGUGAUUUUAAUAUUGAUGAUAACUGUGCAUAUCGGAUUGGGGAAAAAGCAUCAUCAUCACCAUCAUCAUCACCACCAUCAUCACCAUUCCAAGAAUCGUGAAUUAAUCGAGGAAUACAAGCAUACUUACUCCGGAAAAAAUAGACAUAAUUCACCAAACAGCGAAAAUGACUUAGUCGGAGAUGGAAUCUCGCCUUCGGAAAGAGGAACGAAUGCUAUCGAUGCGAAAAGUGAAAAUGAAAAACAUAAAAUAAGAGGUAAGCAAGAAAAUCCCGACAAUCAUAUCAAUAGGAAGCUCAUCGAUGACGUAGAAAAGAAGUAUAUAAAUUCGAAUGUGACGGUCAAAGGGAAAACAUUAUCUGAAUUACAGCAACAGAAAAAAACAAAUGCUCCAGCUACUACAUCUAUACCGAGUGCAACUAAAUCGGUGACGACUGUUCGACCCAAUUCCACAUCCACUUGCAAAACGAACAAGAAUUGCCUACCAGGUUCCUGUUGCCAAAUUCGAAAUGGAAAAGAAAGAGUUUGUGUACAGAUGAAUGUUUCGGUGGGUAAACAAUGUUGGAAUUCAUGUAUGUGUUCGAAAGGACUGACUUGUUAUUAUAAAGAAGGAAAUUCUAAUCAAUCUAAAAAUCAAACUGGAAUAUGCAAAGAAGAAAACGACAAACCGUAAGGUAAAAUAUAAGGAAAACGAUUAUUAUUAAUAUAUAUAUAUUAUAUAUUAUAUAAAUACAGUAUAUACGUUAUUUAUUUUAAACAAUUUCUUUUAUGUGACGGUUUAAAAUGUGCCAAAAAAAAAAUUAUUAUUCGAUAAAUACGAAAUUUACAAUUUGCAAUUCGGUCUUUGCAACAUAUUUUAUUUUUUAUGCCAGAAAAAAAGGAAUAUAUUUAAAAAAAUAAAAUAAAAUAAAACUGUAUCCGAGAAUAUUUUAGGCGUUAAAUUUUACAAUCAAUUCUUGUAUCGAUGACAAAACGGACCAAAGAAACGAUUCGAAACAAUGAAAUAAUCCAACGACUAAAAAUUAAAUAUAAUUUUAUUAGAUAUAUGCAAAUUUAAUAUUUCUCUAAAGCCAAUUUUGUGAAUUACAUCAUCAUCGAAAUCGUGUACAAUUGUUGUAAUGUCAAGAAAAUGGAUAUUAUCGAUUUUUUUUUUUUCUUCUUCUUCUUCUUCUUCUUCUUCUUCUUCUGACACAUUGCCUUUCUGUCUUCUAAUCUCUAGAGUUUUGCCCUUUUAAAAAAGAAAAACCAAAGGCAAAAAAAUGUAUUUCGUUAUAUUAAGUAAUUACUUAAUACUUUAUAAAACCUAAUUCCGAUGUUGUAAUGGAAAUUGUUGGAGUGAAAAGUUCCGAAAUUUCGCAUAAUUUGAAUUAUUUUUAUAGUACUUUUUCGCGCAAAAAUAAUUGUGGCAUGACGUAGUGUUGCCAAAUAAAAAAAAAAUCAUCGUAAUAUUUGUGAUACGUCGGCGUGUGAAUAUUCGUUUUAUUCAUUUUCCUUUUAUUUUUUUUAAUGUAUGAGAUUUAUAAUAUUUUAUAUUUAAUUUACAUUUAUAUUUGUUUUAUUUAAAAAAAUAUUGAUUUUUUUUUGUGUUUGGUAAUUAUAUUUUGGCAACUUUCUAUUCUAGCAACAACAAAACAAUGUAAGUAGUUCCAUCAAGUCGCAAAACUUUUUUUUAUUUUUCUACUUAAGAAUUAAUAAUCGUUUUAUUAUUUAAUUUUUUUAUUAUUAUUAUAAUGUUUUAGUUUAGAAAAUUGUGGAAAUCUCGAGAUGUUUUACUAUUUAUUUAUCGUGCUAUAUUAGUGUUGCCAGAUUCUUGGUUCGGGGAAAAAAUGUGUUCUUCCCGAAAGAUAUUGUGACAUACAAUAAAUGUGUAUUUUUAUUCUGUCAGCGACAGGAAUACAUUUAAAAUGUGGAAAAAGUAAAAGAUGCUUUAUUGUAGGAACCGUUUUAAAGUCCUACGUGUCGCUAAAUGGCAGUCGAGAAAAAUCCGGGAAAUCUGGCAACUCUACGCUAUAUUAUUGUCUGUUGUAAUUGUACUGUACAUCGCAUAAUGGAUAGGCCUAAAAGUAGGAAAAAAUAGUGUCGAAACGGUAAAAAAAGACAACGAAAGUUUCGACAUUUUCAUCAUUCAAUUUCUAAAAAUUAAUCAUAUCUUGCUUAUUAACCAAUAUUACAAACAGUUUACAAUGCUUAUGCAGUGGUAAGGAAGGGAAAAAAAGAAGAGUGCAUUGAAGAAAAAAGUCUGAAUAGUUUUUUAAUUAGAACCGCGAUGCAAUUAAGUCGCAAAAUUUCUUUUCUAUUUUAUGUGCAGUUUUUUUUUUCUCUUUUAUUCGUUAAAUGUACAUGUUGUUGUACCUUAAAAUUAUUCUUUAGAGAAGAAUGCGACUUUUAAAGUAGCUAAUAAUAAGCGUUUCAGCGAGGUUUUAACCUCCAUUGUGACAUUAAAAAGGAUAUGUAACCAAGAAAAAGAACUGUUUAACUGCCACUUGAAAAACACGAGAAUAAUUUAUAUGUAUAAUUCCUUUAUCCAAUUAGUUAUUCUUGCAUUACUGGGAUAACUUGCAUGCAUGUUUACCAAAACUCUUGAUGGUAAUGAAUAAUUACAUUAAUUUCGAUCACAGUGUCUGGCUUCCUUUCAAACAAACAGAUUAUAAUAUCAAAAUCCUUUCUGGCUUAGGGAUUAAAAUAAAUUUGAAUAUUUAAAUAUAACUACUCUUGUAAUUUAAGUAACUUAAAGAAUAUUGGGUAAAGUCAAGAAAAAGUAGGAAAAGAAAUAAUAAAUCCGUGUAAAAUUGACCGGAAAAAUCUGCAAAAGCAUUGUAAUCUUACUAGAAUAUUAAAUAACAUAUUGUUCAUAAUAAUUAGCGUAUAUAUAUGUAUAUAUAUACAUUUUCUUUUAUAACUCUUUGUAUUUAAAUUGGAUUUAAACAUUUAAUGUGUAGCUGCACCUAUUUUAUAGAAUAUUCUUCUGCUCGCACUUUUGAUAAUGUUAUCUAUUAUGCAAAUCGAUUGUUUUAAAGUGCUCAAUGAUGUGAUUGUUCAUACUCUAAAUGUUAUGCGAACAAAGAAAUCUUGUAAAGGAAUAUAAAUUUUGCACCACUGUAAUUGUCUUUUUUGCAUUUUGCACAAUUUUGUUAACUGCACCAUGUGCCAAAUCGACCGAAAAACACACACAAAAAUAAAAAAAUUAAUAAAAAUUGACAGUAAAAAAACCGAAUGAAAAAAUUU